GUGGGUCGGCCUUAUCUAGGAUUCCAAAAUAGUGUUAUGUAGUACUUGUAUUAUUCCCCCCUCCCUUCAGUCAUUCACCUUUCAUUCACCUUUCUCCCACCUGCUCCAUGAUAAAACAGAACCCACUAUCCCAUUACUUUUUAUUAUAAACAAUUGACCACUAAUGACCACCCAAGAUUUAGAUUCCAGGAACGAACCACAUUCCAAUAACUAUGACUCAUACUAGGCCCAAACCCCAGUCACUUACACUCUCCAUAGCCACUCCCCAUAAUAUCAUGACAACCCUGACCAUUGACCAAUGAUAAGCAUGAAUAAGUCACCCCUCCCAACAUUGGUUUUCUCCCCAAACUUUCCUGAAUGUAAAGUUGGAGAAUGAUAGGGACUUUUGGUUUCAGCCAUCAACCGCUGAACAAGGGUUUUGAGAUAAACUAGCUACAGAUAAUAUUGUGUAUCUCGGAUUCUAGAGUCAUCUACUAGAGAGUCAUUGUGUUAUGUACUUAAGCAAGAAGAUUGAAUAAAUGUUGCUGAAACUGUAAACAAGCCUCCUCGCCUCAUCUGUUAUGCUCCUCGCCUCAAUCACCGAUCCCAACACAACAAUAGUACACCAUUAUCGGUACGGUAUCACCAUCAGCAAAGUCGAAAACGCUAGCACAACAUGGCAUUAAAAAGAAUACAGAAGGAAUACCAGGAUGUAAAAACAGAUCCCCCACAACAAUGUACAGCAGGCCCUGUUUGUGACGAUAAUUUAUAUCAUUGGCAAGCAACAAUAAUGGGUCCGGUAAACAGUCCAUACCAAAAUGGUAUAUUUUUCCUCACGAUCGAGUUCCCAACAGAUUAUCCCUUCAAACCUCCCAAGGUUGCUUUCACCACAAAAAUCUACCAUCCAAAUAUCAACAGCAAUGGCAGCAUCUGGUUAGGAAUCCUCAGAUCACAGUGGUCGCCAGCGCUCACCAUCUCAAAAGUACUCCUGUCGAUCUGCUCGCUGCUAUGCGACCCUAACCCUGAUGACCCCCUGGUACCAGAAAUCGCACAACUAUACAAGAGGGACAGAGCAUUGUACGAAGCAGAAGCUAAAAAAUAUACUUACAAACAUGCCAUGUGACCUCUCAUGUGACCUCUCAUGUGACCUCCCAAUAUUGACUCCAUCUCCUUAUUACAUGCCAUACAGAGUAGACUAAUCAAUCGGAGAUCAGCGUCUACCUGUACAGUCGGCAUAGAGCAAGAUUUUCCUGUUGUCAAUAAUAGUAAACAAAAAUCAUAGAGCUUUCAUGAGAGAGAUAUUAAAGAGACGGAGUGAAUCCUCAUGUACUUUAUUAUGUGCUCUGUCGUUUGCCGAUCAUAUGGUUUGAAUUUUUCGGUUAGACCAUGAUAAAUCCAGACAUGAUUCUCAUUCAAACUGUGACUUAUUACGACCAACAUUUGUAAGAAUAGUAGAUACCGUAAGCUUUAUCAGAUUAUAAGGGUACAAAGCACCGUGGAUUUAGAGUUGGAUUUAAAAAAGAGAAAUCUGGAUAUAGUACACUGUAGUUAUAGUAUAUCAGACUUCAUUCCAUUUGGUACUGAAAGUGAGAAAAGUUGGCACAAGGGGGAGGGGAAAAAGGAUUUAAAAAAAAAGUAAUUAGAACUUUGGAGUAUG